CGCUCCUUCACGCACUUAAGACAGUUUAUCCUUGUACUACGCAGAGCGAAUGAACGUGCGCACGUACCAUGUAGCAGUUGUAAAUUCUAUCCGAUUCUGACAGCAACAAUGGAUCAGUUGCAGCCUCUGCUUAUGCUCGAUCGUGACAAACUUUUAACCCAGUGAGAGGCAGUUGUUUUUAUCAGAGCCGAUCCGAGUUGCUUAGAUUCCUCCGUUCCAGCUCCUUAUUAAUGAGAGAAGAAACAGCGCUGAAAUCCUUGCACGUUCCAUUACGUCCUCUGGGGACUUGGUUAUUUUGAUUCUGUACGUUUCCGUGCUCGUUUUCUGGGAGUUAUAUGUGGAUACCUCCUCAGAGCCAUGGGAGAUUCGGUUUUUUUCGACAGGCAGAUAUCAUAUCUUGGUGACUUCACGUGGAACAGUGUGUCUGGGCGUAGCGUGCGUCUGAAGGCGGUGGCCGUGCAGAGUCUGUCGGAGCUGGAGCGCGUGCGGCUACAGGAGGUGGCCUAUGCCCGCCUCCACCAGGACUACGACCUGGGCUGCCAAAUCACCAUCCCCAAAGAUGGACAGAAGAGGAAGAAGUCCCUGCGGAGAAAGUUGGACUCGCUAGCCAAAGAGAAGAACAAAGACAAAGAGUGUGUGCCCCAGGCCUUUGCCAUCCCUCUGUCUCAGGCGAUCACUAACGACCGAGCCCAACGCCAGCGGCAGGACUCGACGGCUCCGCGCGAUGACCACCGCGACACCAGCGACCUGGUCUCGUCCAUCCUGCAGUUCGCCACCAGCAAGCGGCCGGCCGCCAAGGAGCUGUCCAGCAGCAACUCCUCUCUCAGCUCCACGUCCGAGACUGCCAACGAGUCGUCGCCCAACACGCCCGAGGCCGCGCCGCGCGCACGCCGGAGGGGCGGCAUGUCGGUGGACUCCAUCACUGACCUGGACGACAACCAGUCUCGUCUGCUGGAGGCCCUGCAGCUCUCGCUUCCCGCCGACGCCCCCAGCAAGAAGGAGAAGCACCGGGACAAGCGGCUCAGCCUGAACCCCAUCUACCGCCAGGUGCCCCGCGUGCUGCACUGCUGCUGCCAGCACAUGGAGAAAUACGGUCUUCAGACGGUCGGGAUUUUCCGGGUUGGCAGCUCGAAGAAACGAGUGAGGCAGCUGCGUGAGGAGUUUGACCGCGGUGUGGAGGUGCAGCUGGAGGAGGAGCACAGUGUGCAUGACGUGGCCGCACUGCUCAAGGAGUUCCUCAGGGACAUGCCCGACCCUCUGCUCACCAAGGAGCUCUACACCGCCUUCAUCAACACCAUGUUGCUGGACGCUGAGGAUCAGCAGAUCUGCACACAGCUGCUGGUGUACCUGCUGCCGGCCUGCAACAGCGACACCCUCCACCGCCUGCUGGACUUCCUGUCCACGGUGGCCCGCCACGCUCACGACACGCAGGACAAAGACGGACAAGAGGUAACCGGGAACAAGAUGACCUCGUUGAACCUGGCCACCAUCUUCGGGCCCAACCUGCUGCACAAGCAGAAGAACUCGGACAAGGAGUUCAGCGUCCAGAGCUCGGCCAGGGCCGAGGAGUCCACCGCCGUCAUCGGCGUCGUCCAGCGCAUGAUCGACUCCUUUGAUGCCCUCUUCAUGGUACCACCUGACCUGCAGAACGAGGUCCUGAUGAGUCUGCUGGAGACGGACCCUGACGUGGUGGACUACCUGCUGCGGAGGAAAGCAUCCCAGAGUCCCGAGCUGCUGCGCUCCGAGGCCUCCUUCUCCCUGAGCGAGCGCCGGUCGUCCAGCGACUCCAACAAGGCGUCCAGCGGCGAGCUCUCGCCCUACGACAACAACUCGCCCGUGCUGUGCGAGCGCAGAGGGACGGACGGAGCGGUCAGCGGCGGGUGGCGGGGAGUGGCGGGUCGUCCGGUCCGGAGCGGCUCUUCCGGGUCCCGGAGCAGUACGCCCUGGUGGGGCAGGUGGCCGGCCGGACCAGAGAGAGCAGCAGCAGCAGCAGCCUGUGGUCCCCCACCAAAGGUUCCCAUGGCAACGUGUCGGAGGGCAGUUCCCGCAGCUCUCAGGAGGGCAUCGACGGGCAUCACCAGCCGCGGCAGCGUGCCCAGACCCACACGGCGACGAGUGCCCCGCCCUCGCACCCCCUGGCCUCGCGCUCCUGCAGCAGCCCCCACUCGGCCUCCAGCUCCUCCGAGGACCUGCCGCUGGGCAGCAGCCAUGCCAACCAGCACCAGCACCACCAUGCCAACCAGCACCAGCACCACCACCACCACCACCAGCACCACGUGGCCUUCGCCAAGCAGGCCGGCAGGAAGGACUCGCGCCCGCCUCCGCCGGGCUACUGCGGGCACUCGGGGACGGGCAGCAGUGCCACGCUCCCGGCUCUCUCGCGCGCCCAUCAGCAGGCUGGCGCCAGGUCGUCGGCGGCGUCGGGGGUGCAGAACUCCACGGGGCCCGCGGGCGCGAUGCCCACCGACGCCGACUGGCAAGACUGGCAGAGGGACCGCUGGCACAUCUGGCAGCUCUUGUCCUCGGACAACGCCGACACACUGCCUGAGACGCUGGUGUGAGGGAACACACACACACAUACACACACACACACACACACGCUCACACACACACAGGACCGUAAUCUCACUCUCGCUGCCUCACUAGUGCCAACCGUCCGUUACCGUUACCGUGUGCCAGGUCCUGAGGGUCAUUUUUGUUUUGCGCCAUCGUCUGGUGAUGUUGCCAUGGCACCGUUAGUGCUGCUGCUGCAGUGUCCUCUGAAAGUUUGGGUGGUGUGCUAGUGGUUGCCAUGGUUUUUGCUCAAGUCUUGCCAUGAUUCAUCAGUGCCACUGUGGAUGCGUCACACACCCCAUCCCUCGGAGCCGAUCAGUGUUCAGCAUCAUCCCAGAGCUAUGACACAGCAGCUUCAACAGCGCGUACAACACUCACGUAACCCGUCACAAGUCUUUGCUACGCUAGGGAAUGUGUUUUGUGUUUUGUGUAUUGUGGCUUCUGCAGAGGGUGUGUCGUCCUGUCUAGUCAAACCGACCCAGUCCCAUUACACCAGACUAAAAGCCCUGACACAGGUACCUCAAAAACAACCACUCUUGCUCACCAUGACUUUAGAUUGUCGUUGUGGAACUGACAGAAAUUGUAUAAUAUUUUUUUGUAAAAACACACACAUCAGAAACAAUCUAUUCUAGUGAGUUGCAGUGUGAAAUGAGUCGAUACUGGUCUUUUUUUGGUGGUGUGCGCGGCGCACUGAGAUGUGAUAACCUGGUGACCGAUGUCGUGCGUCACCGUGCCGGGUGAACGAGGACCUCCCCACGUCUGUGUACUCAGACAUCACGCGUGAAUGAUGAACGACUAGAAUUGCUGCUAAUACCCGUAUAAACACACAGACUCUGAGUUUAUAUAGGCCUCCUCUGAUCUCCUCGGCUCCCCUUCUGAAUGCAGUGCUUUCCCUCGAGACUUCCUCUUGGGCGACUUUUUACUUUGGUUGAUGUGUUUGUGCCAAAAGAUGUCACGUAAAUCCUGCCGACAAAAACGAUGAAAGCCCAAACCACAGUGUAGCUCAGUGUACUGCAUAGAUAAUUAACACUGUGAAUAUUUAUGUUGUAGUGCUUUGCUUUAUGUGGUAACACAAUCCUCCAUUAGGUCCAUAAGAUAUACAUUUAGAUGUUGUACCAUCGAACAGUUGCUAUCCUUUAAAACACUCAUUUUAAUUUAUCCCCGACCACCAAACAUUUUACAGAUCAAAAUAAUCAUACUUCACUACCAUUGGUAUGGCUUGUCAAGGUGUUACUAGUCAUUGGCAAGAGAUCUUGCACUGUUAUUUUAUUUUUAUUUUUCCAAUUCAAGUUCAUAGCAUUUUUGUUUUGGUUUUUUUAGAGAGAGAAAAGUGCUUUUUUAGUCCAAAAAAGGGAGCUGUGACCAUUGAUUUCUAACACACUUAAAUAAUUAUAAACCCAUAAAGGUACAAUAAAAUGCAUUAUAUAAGUCAGUGUACUUGUUAACAUUAACAAACCCUUAGUAUCUUAUAUCACAUACAUUAACAUUUGUAUUGCAUUCCUUAGCAAGAACUGAAGCAUGAACAAAUAUUACCUGUUUUGUUUUUGUUGAAGUUUCUGUAACAAUUCCAUGUCAAUGAAGGAAACCUGAAUGUAAAGUACAGUAUAACCCAAAAUGCAAUUAGAUUAUAGGACAGAACUGAUAUUGUGGAGUGCUUUUGAACAUUUUCAACGUGGCCCUUCAAAAGUAUUCUUUUCUGUGAAGAAUUCAUUCUGCAGAUUGCCGGUGGGGUCACAUUUCUCAAAGUCUGUGCUGGUUUGGAUUUCAAGGUCAUGUUUUAUAAUGCAGUCUACCUAUAUGAAGCCAUAUGAAAUAUUUUGAUACCGAUAUCUCUUAAACAAGCAUUAUUGAAUUAGACAUGUUUCAUAGUGAUCGUGUGUCAUGUGGCGACAUGGCACAGAUACAGGAGUGUUUUUCUACAGAGGUUUCCCCCUACUGGCUCUGGGUGGGUACUGACACAUCACUACGCUUGCAGCAGCAGGCUAUAGCAAAAUGUCCCUCCUUUCAUUUAGGUAUCCUUAAUAUGGCACCUUGACACAUUUUGAGGGAAGUCAGUAUGCAACCCUUGAUUUAAGAGAUAAUUGAAACGUUUUGUGCCAAAUUGUAAAUCAACUCAAUGUUCCAUCACAAAAAUGUAGUGUACCUGUUUAACUGUCAUUGAAAAUGAUGCAUUACAAAGGCACUUGUCUCAGUGAUUACAUUUUUGUCGUAGACUUUGUGAGAAAUGUUGCCAAGUACUCAUUGGGGUCUGUGUUUCAUGUGCCAAUCCUUCUCUUGUGAACUAAAACAUUGUGACAAUUCAUCCUUUUAUAUAGGAAAUGAAGCCUGGUCUAAGGAGUUUAUUAUUUUUAUACUACUAUAUUGAUUGUACAGGUGUGUGCCAAGGUGUAUGUAAAAAAACGAGAUUCAAGAUCAUAUAACCCUUCUAAUCUGGCCAUCUAAAAUUAACUAAUGAAUUUGGUUUUGAUUAUCUGGGUUGGAACAAGCCAAUAGACAUCUGGCAUUAGUCUGCUCUGUGGAGUUUUCAUAGAGCAGUGUAAAAGGUGUCUCUGACAGAUUCUAGAAUCUGUAACAGGUGCAGAUGGAUUAGGGUCAUGGGUUUUACCACAGCAACGUUAGGUCACAAGGUCAAUGAACAGCUGGAUUUCAAUCCAAUUUUUUAUUAAAAUUUUGCCCAAUUGAGUACGAAAUACCGAAUGCAAUGGAAACCCAGCUCUUUGUCUGGCAUUGGCGUGUAAGCGUGGCUCACUGGGGGAAAGAGUUCAGAGCAUCCACUCACAAGAGGAUAUUCAAUGUCUCACUGAUGUGCCUAUCAUGAUUUGGUCAUUCUGACCCAACUCAUUACACAGUGGUUAAACUGUUAACUGUGAACACAGUUAUUAAAAUAGCCUGAUGUCAAGGAGAGUCCUAGAGAUGUUAUCAACACUAACUCCCUUGUAGAAUAUUUGCUGCAAAUACUAUUGCAUUCAAGUUUGUCCGUCGUAUAGAUAUUUGCUGGCAAAUAUGAACUGUGUUGUGGGUGAGUGGAUUAUGUUUGUUUUAAUCCAUGUCGUGUUUAAAGCAUUUUUUUUAGUCCAUGACUCUUUGCCAAGUGUUGUAGUCUCUUUUGGUAUUCAAAAGUGGGCUUAAAUUUGACAUUUUUCUAAUGCUAUGAACAUUAAAUAUGGAGUAGCAUUCCAAAAAUCUCAAAUGGUUGAUACUUUUUGUUUUCUCUUGGAGAGUCAACAUUGAUGUCGUUGGGUGUUACUUGUGCCAUAUUGUCUCGUUAUCAAAUAUUAUUUGAUACUAUAAAGCAUUCAUGCUGAAGCUUUUUGUAUUCUGUGGUCCAAAUGUAAAGUUCUAUAUUAGUAUCAUUAAUAUUGUUAUACAGUGUUGUCAAGGAACAGUUUGUACUCAAAAAUAUUAAAGAAUUUUUUGUACGGUCUGACAGUGCUCUGAGGCUUGCAUUGGUGACGUUCUGUUGUCUUAAUAUUGAAUCAUGUCCUGUUGGAAUAAAUGAUAAAGUGCAAAUUCA